CGUCGUCCGCAAGCUCGAGUCGUCGUAUCCGCGCGUGGAGUUCUAAAAUAUUUAUUUCUGAUAUAAUUUUAAUCGUAGACGGGCGCGUAGAUUGUCGGUGAAAAUCUAUAUCGAAAAUACAACAACUCUACAACUAGCUUUUUCUGUAGAAAACUAGCCUACCGGUGAUUACCCACUUACAAGAUUCUUGCCCACGGCUUAUUGAUCUUUGUAGAAGUGGGUCUAAUAGUGGCGAUCUUUUGUGUUGUUGCAUAGAAUAUGCUCUAUUAGGAAGUAAGCGGUGCGAUUUUGAUCAACAGUUAUCACCUGUGGAAAUCCGUACAAAAUGAAUCCCUGCAGGACUGCCUUCUCUGCAGCCAUCAACAAUGGGAAGAAAAUGAUGCAUAGCAAUGGCAAUGCACUCAUCCGGCCCAUGCUGCGGUGCGCGCCGGUCGCGCUCAUAUGGGACCGAAAUGCGCACACACAGGACAUCACCAAGAACAUGCAGUUCAUCAGCAACGACAAGACUAAGAUCACCACAGACCCCAAAACCAUGAAAAUGGACAAGCAGACGUCUCGACCGACUUGCAUCAUGAUUAACUGGCUGCUAGCGCGGCAGAAGCACGUGAUGAAGUACGCCAACCUGUACCUGGGGAGGGGUUUCGACGUGCUCUCCGUGUCUUGCACGCCGUGGCAGCUCAUGUGGCCCAUGAAGGGCUCUCAGCUGGUCGCGGGCGACCUGAUAAAGUUCCUGGCGGCGAACGACAAUGAGCAGCCGCUGGUGAUACACGGCUUCUCCGUUGGCGGCUACAUCUGGGGCGAGGUUUGCGCGCACGUCAUCGACAACAAGGACCUCUACCAGCCAGUGCUGGACCGCGUGGCGGCGCAGACGUGGGACAGCGCGGCCGACGUCACGGAGAUCACGAUAGGAGUGCCAGCAGCUGUGUUCCCUAAGAACAAGAUCAUGCAGAAGACACUCAAGGCUUAUAUGGAGUACCAUAUGAAGACGUUCCACGCGGCGGCGACGGUGCACUACAUCCGCUCAUCGCAGCUGUUCCACACGAACCUGUGCCACGCGCCCGCGCUCUUCCUGCUGUCCGCCAGCGACCCCGUCGGCGACGAGCGCAGCAACCGCGCCGUCUACGACUCCUGGCUGAAGAUGGGCGUCAACUGCACGUGGCAGUGCUGGGACCGCUCCCCGCACGUGCAGCACUACACGAAGCACCGCGAGGAGUACGAGGCGCUACUGACGGCGCACCUGCAGCGCAACGUGCCGCACCUCCGCGCCGCAGAACACGCGCGCGCCGCAGCUUGACCACGCCCCCUCCCCACGUCGGACAACCGGUGACAGAUUUUCUUCUUCUUUUAUCAAUGUUUCACUGUAGAAUUUGCCAACACCUAGGCUAUUAUCAUGACUCGAGUGACUCAAGGGCCUGAUUCGCAGUGCCUAAGUCGAUUCGAAAAUCUAAAAGUUUGUAACCUAUUGUCUGAUCGUAUUAGGAUAGUAAGUAGAUAAGUUAAUUUUAAUAACCACUCAUACACUGUGCCUUAAAAUCGU